GGGUAUCUAUAUAAAGGGACUGUUUGCCCGUAGUUGCAAUCGCAGUACCAGUCAGUGCUGUCCUGUGUGCUCGCUAACGGGAAUAAAGCUGAUAAAACGCUUAACAUGUUCAAGCUGAUCCUGAUGGCCAUCGCGGUGGUAGCGGCCACAUGCGCACCGAUGCCGGAACCGGCGCCGACACCAGCACCAGGUCCCCUGGCGCCGCCAUUGCUCGCCCCUUACCCGCUGGUUUACCCGGCGCCUUAUUUAAAGGUGUACCCGUACCACCCGUACCCUCUGGCGUACUAUAACAGCUACAAGUGGAUCCACCCGGGCUCGCCGUACGCUUACUAACAUUGAUUCGGGCUAUCCGGGGAAUCGCCAGCACCGUCGUGGUACCCGCGUCCAACGCGAUUCGCCGCAACGCGCCAAAUGAUUCUGUAUCGUGGACCGUCUGCGAAAUAAAAUAUUCUCUUGUCGCAAA